GAUUGACCAUACCUUCAACAUGAGCACCGCUACUCGUGCUGCCCCUCUGGUGCCAGCACAUUAUCGUAUAGCGGCUGUGCUGGCUGGUGGCGUGCUUGCUCGUCUUGCGUUGUUCGCAAGCCCCCUCCCAGGCAUGCUUGAGCGCCGGCCAGAGCUCACAUCCCCUAUCACGAGUGUGCGGAGCUUGCGUGAAGGCACCUUUCUGUACAAGCACACAUAUGACCCGUACGCUGGCGGGGUUUUCUUUCAUUCACCGCUGUAUCUACUCUUCUUCGCAUACGCAGUGCCAAUCGAAUCGGCCCUCCUGAGCGCCGGGCUGUGGACGCUUGUGGACGCAAUCGGAGCAGUUACGCUUGUGCAGAUCUGGCGCACGCGUCAGCCCGCUGCCUCCAAGUGGUCUGGCCGCGACCAUAUCGUUGCUCUUCUGUAUCUCUUCAAUCCAUACACGCUGUUGUCGUGCCUCGCACGAUCCACAACGUCCCUCGACAAUGCCAUGGUCCUGUAUGCCAUCGCCAGCACCUACAUGGGCAGGGGCGGGGGGGCGAUGGCCGCCCUGGCCCUCGCGACACAGACGUCGCUGUAUCCCGUCAUCCUGCUCCCCCCUCUCCUCCUGGUGCUGAAGCAGCUUGGGGCACCCACGUCGAAACUGCUGUCCUACGCCCUCGUAUACGCCGGCACACUCGGCGUCCUCGCCGGCCUCGCGACCGCGGCGUGCACCCCGUCCUGGGUGGCGCGUACGUGGGGUGUCAUCCUCUCGGCCAGCGACCUCACCCCGAACGUCGGCAUGUGGUGGUACUUCUUCACGGAGAUGUUUGACCAUUUCCGCACAUUCUUCCGCGGCGUGUUCCAGCUCCACAUGCUCAUCUACAUCGCGCCGUUGUGCCUCCGCCUCCCUGAUCCAAGGCAGGCAGUCCUCAUCCUCGUCGGAGCCAUGGCGACGUGGAAGAGCUACCCCACCCUCGGGGACAUGGCGCUCUGGGCCGGCCUCCUCAGCUGCUACCCCGACUACGUCUCCAAUCUCAACCAUCCUCUUUUCUCCCUUACGGUGCACCUCUACACAGCGAUUCUGUUACCAUUGUUGCACACUCUUUGGCUGCUCACAGGCGCGGGCAACGCCAACUUCUUCUACGCCGCCACCAUGGUGUAUGGGCUUAAUGCGACGCUCGCGAUCGCCGACGUGCUCGGUGCCAUGAUCAGUCUCGACACGAAGAGGCAACUCAUGGACCUCAUCCCCGGCAAGUACAAGCAGUACAACCCGCCGGCCGACUCGGGCGAAGUCAUCCAGGUCGACUUCCCGCCCAACUGGACCGUUACCCAGCUUGCCAGCUUAGAAUAG